AUGUCGUCGGCCGGAGGAACAAUAGACGUCGAGUCGACAGUAACCAAUGAUGUCGAUGCGACCAAGGGUCCGGACAUCGCGACAGGCAGCGAUGUCAUACAACCAACCCCGCCGCCCUCGAACCAAGUAAAAGUCUCGGCACAACACGAUGCAAUCGGCCACGACAGUUCUCAUUUGUUGACCCAUCCGGAACCUUCUUCUUUGAACUCGACUGCCGCAGCCCAGCAGAUCUCUGAGAAUCGCGAGCCUUCUUACGCAAGAGAAGAAGCGACAACAUCUCAGAUACGACAAGCACCCGAGCACUCGACAAUUGCGUCCUUGAAGCACGAGCACAGCUCUCGUACACAAUCUCCACUACGCGAAUCGUCAGUUCCGGUACCGUCAACAGAAAUGAGUGCCCCUACCGCACCUUCUGCGCCUCCAAAGCGCAGCCACAAGAAGAAGGGCGUAGCAGCAGCAGCUGUCACUAAGCGCAACACCACUGCCCCUGCUAAGAGAAGUCACAAGAAAAAGGUGGUCGCCUCAUCAACUGGGACACCUGCGCAAAGCUCGCCAGCUCCUCGCUCCGUACUCGCUUCUUCGCCUGCAAGAUCGUCGCCCGAUGUUGACGGCAAUGGCGACCAAGACAUGUCCGGAGACGAUGGUGAAGAAGAGGAGGGUGGUGCAAUUUCCGACACGGACCUUUACUGCAUCUGUCGCAAACCGGAUACCGGAACUUUCAUGAUAGGCUGUGAUGGUGGCUGUGACGACUGGUUCCACGGCAAAUGCGUAAACAUUUCGGAAAAGUGGAAGACGCUCAUCGACAAAUAUAUUUGCCCAUUCUGCGAGGAAAGAGGUGUCGGCGAGACGACUUGGAAGAGAAUGUGUCGUCGCAAUGGUUGCGGCCUGCCUGCCCAGGUGUCCAAUAACUCGAAAUUCUGCUCGGAAAGAUGCGGUCAACUCUUCUUCCAGGGGCUGAUUGCAGAACGCACUCGACAAAUAACCGAUGGUGAUCUGGGCGCCCGAGGCGGCCUCAUCAGUGGCAACGAGGUCAAGUCUAUGAUCCAGGUGUGCCCCACUGUCGAAGCAUUGCACAAUUUCAACAAUGGCUCGAUCUCUCCAGUGCCUGGCUCCUCUCCCGGUGCUAUGAGGGACGAAGGUGCUGAAGAUGAGACGCUUCUCUCGCACGAAUCCGCACUCAACGACAUCGAACGCGAGCGCAUCGACCAAAUCACAAACCUGAGAGCCACCGCGCGCGCUCGCCACUCCCUCCUCAGAGACAAGCUCAAAUUCGUCACCAUGCUCAAAACCGUCGCUUCACGCCUCGCUGACCAUAGAGCGGUCAAGCCCAAGGACCUCUGUGGCUACGACUUUCGUCUCUCCUGGAGCGAGGAAGAGUUCGAUGUCUGGCGCUCUUCAGAAGCCGGGCAAGAAGCUCUUCGCAUAGAAAGUCUACCUCUACCCUCAGACGAAGACCUGGACGGUGAUACAGGCAUGACUGGCUUCAACGACUCCGAGCCAUCCACCUGUAUGAAGAAGAAAUGCAGCAGACACUACGACUGGGCCAGACUAGCCAUAGACGACACCCGAGACGAGCUCGCCCAAAACACUCAGUUCAGGCAAGGCUUGGACAAGGAAGAAAAGGAAAUCAUCGAACGUGCUCGUCUCAGAGCCAGAGAGAUCAAAGCUGGCGGUGUGGGUGGCACAGUCGAGUUUCAUGGCUUGAGUGCUCCCAAGGAGAAUAAAGAAGAUAGAGAAAUGGGUGUUGGACCUGUGGUUGAGGAACGCCAUGUUCAGCCUUCUCAGGAUGUUGAGAUAGAAGAGCAAAAGACUGAUGGGUUGGUGGAUGCAGACGAAAUGCCACAGCAGCAGGAUGGCAACAACGAUGACGACGAGGACAAGGAAGUUGACAUGGUUGAUGCCAUUGCUGCUUCCAUCUGA